AUGUUCGGACACCUGGUGAAUUACAGUCCUAUAAGCUUUGGGCAGCAGGGCGAAAUGAACGACGAGGAGUCCCCUUCAGCACCAGCUUCCAUACUUUCAGUACCAUCUUUUGGCACCUUGCCUUCAGUACCAUCUAUUGGCAAUGAAGAAUGGUGCCAUCUCCAGUUUAAUGCAUUCGCGGAUGCGAGCACAACCUCUGCUAGCCCGAUCUCUCCCUGUUUCCCAGGUUACAGUGGUUCAUCCGCGGGAAUCGCGAGGUCUUAUUCGACGACACCGCUGUCUUCGGCAAGUGUUGAAAUACCCAGAACGAGUUUGCCUUUGCUUCCCGAGACAUCAUUGCAAGUCCAGUCGACUGAAGUAAACCUCAAAAAGCACAACAAAUUCAUCCUUGAGGAUCCCACGAUGGCCAAAGUCAAGAAGGAUAAAGCAAUGAGAGCGUGUACUACAUGCUUUACCAAAAGGUGGGAGUGUUCUGAAAGCGAAGUACCAAAUCGCUGCAUGCAUUGCGUUGGCAAGACUAGCUAUUGCAAGGGACCAAUCGAAACCCCUCGUCUACUUGACAUAGAAUGGUUUGACGCAACGACAGCUGCACUUCUUGCACGUCACUACCAAUUGAUAGAUUUUCACUUUGAAAGCGAAUCUCUCGGACCUAUGCAAGUAGACCUGAGAUUGGAGCCUUCAUCGGACCAGGAGAUUGUGUCAGACAGGCAGACCUAUAGUCUUCAAAUACCGGGGCUACGAGAUGACUUCUACUUCCUUGCGGAGUCUUCCAGUCUUGACGGCGUGUUGGAUGCCAUUCUUCCUGCCGAUGUACCUCUCUGCAUAGCACCCAAAUCUGGCUUAUAUGAUCUGUCUCUAUAUGAGUGUCUUUGCCGACGUCUCUACGCAUGCAUUUCCUUGUUGCGUCGCCCAAACGAAUGCACAUUAGACAAGGCGUACAAGGAUGACCGUAGAGCGGUUCACAUGGUCGUUGGGUUCCUGUGUCAACUGAACCGUACGGCAUCCUCCAUCUUCGCGGACAUCUUUGAGCACGUCCGAGGAUGCUGUUUCGCCAAUCGUGAUAGACGAGGGACCCCAAAUCUGAUGUUGAUUUUAGCCGAGCAUCUUGGUCAUAUGCACAAAGAGAUUCGGCGUUUCGUCGAUGUCAAGGGACAAUUCUCUGACUUACUCCCUCUGAGUGGGCUCUUCCAUAAUGCAUUUCAACUUCUAGACGAACUCGAGAAUCUUGGCAGGGGACUUUGCCCUAGAGCUUUCGAAUCAACGUUCCACUCACCUGUUUUGGACGUUGGCAGGAUACAUCUCACACCCUGUUUCGAACCUAACCCCUAUACUAGCACUGACGAUGCUUUUACUUCAUCCCAACACACCUCUUUCUUGGACAUCUUGCGCGACUUGACCCCGCACAAAUACCCCAUUGGCGAUCAGCCUCUUUCGAUCAUGUAUAGCAACGACACCCUUGAGUCUUGGCAAAACAUGGAUGUCGAAGAUUCAAACCUCCUUGCCGGACAUGAUUCUCAGGACGGUGUCAACAAUGGUCAAGACAUGAUCAUUGAAGAACAUGUUCCGUUCGGCGGAGUCGAGGGAUUGCAAGCGGAAGCAAACGCCAUGCUCAAUCCAGGUUGGACUCUAGGACUCGAUAAUCUCGCAGUCACACAAGAUACCGAAGCAAGUGUCAGUACGGAUCAUUUGCAUGCUGGGAUCCUCGACUCCAUACACCACAGCCAGCACGGUGGUUGGGAACAGCAGCCGAGCGAAGUACAGCAGGCUGGCCAUGGCUACUUACAGAGUACUGUCCCCGCAUACACCGAUGUACGUGAUAGCAUGUUGACAUCUCUACACGAUGUAAUGGCAUCGUCGCAAGCCCAAUCGAGUACCAGUCGACGGUCAAAGGCCGCAAACACUACUGCCUCAUCGAAAUCCAAGAAGCGACUGUGCUCGCUGCCCACCUCAAAUCCUGUGGAAGUCCCAAGGAGGGCCAGCAAGCGCAAACACAUGAAGACUGUUUUCUCACGCAAAGAACCACGCUUGACACCAUCCCGCCUGAAUCACAGCGAGGAUUCGAGUGCUUUGACGACAGACUUGUCGUCAAAGCUUGCCCUACGCACAGAUUCUGCAGCCAAGGCAACAAACAUUAAGGGCACGAUUUCAUCAAAGCAGCCGAGCGAUGACUACCCAACAGAACAACCACGAGCCAAUCGGGUGGCGGCGUGGGAGCAAGGGAGGAAUAGGCGUACAAACCUUGAUAAUGCGGGCAUUGUCAGGGACAUGGAAAUUUCGGACUCGGAAAGACGGCCUAUGUCAUGGCCACACAGAAAUCCCUGGCGUAAGUCCCUUGAUAUCUCCGUCGCGGUGCUUACCAAAGGAUUUGAGAAAUUGAUGACGGAACGAGGAGAAUCCUUCAUUUAA